CCUCACUUCGCUCACAAACAUUACCUGUCUCUUUUUCUUUCAGUGUAUUGCGAAAAACCGUAGUUUCUUACUUCCAAUGGAGAAUCAGGCUUACCGAGCUAGAUCUGCAGGCUCUAGAGGAAGAGGGAGAUAUCAAUCGGAAAAUCCUCACCAGAAUCGGAAUCCCUGGCAAAAUUCACCUCAGAAUCGCCAGUAUCGAGAAACCGGUGGGCCCCAGUCCGGCGCGCCGAGGGCGGCGAAUCCCUACCGUGAAGUUGGCGCCGGCCAAUCUGCUCAGCCAAGGUCCGAUUCAUCGCAGAACUGGCGUCAGGAUCGGCCGUCCGGCGAAGCAGGUGCGGCCCAGUGGAGGCCACCGAGGGCGGCGGGCCAUGUUGAGAAUUUCGGCCAGGGUCGAUCUUUCCUUGAUGCGGCCGUGCCCCAGUCGUCGGGAUCUGGAGGGAAUGGCGGCGAUGAUAGGAGAGGCGGUGGCGGUGGCGGUAGGGGACGCGGCGGUAGAGGUGGGGCCCAGUAUGUGCCCCGUCAAUCGAGUAUGGAGCCUGCUGCGGCGGCGACGACUUCUGCGUAUGCGUCCACAUCUUCAGAGUUGGAAAAGCUGAAGAUUUCGGACCCACCGUCCAGAUUGGGGAGCAUCGUACCAAUCAAACGGCCUGAUAAGGGAGGGCAGGCCGGCAUCCGAUCACUCCAAAUUCUUGUGAACCAUUUCCCAGUCAAUUUCGACCCCCGAAUGAAGAUCUACCAAUACAACCUUGACAUUCAGCGUGUGACACCUCACAAGCCUAGUGCUGCCACUGCAAAAAUAUCGAAAGCCGAUGCACACCUAGUGAAAGAAUAUCUCUUUGCUAAGUUCCCAACACUCUUUCCCACGCUCAACACAGCCUACGAUGGUGAGCGGAACAUCUAUAGCGCGGUGGAGCUCCAACAAUGCGGGAAGUUCCCGGUCGACGUAGCCAAGGGCGAUGACGUCAAGCCUCGUGAGUUUGUCGUUGCUGUAAAGCUGGUGGCAGUACAUGAUCUCAACACACUUUCGGAGUACUUCAACAGGACCGUGACAUGUGUUCCCCGGGAAAUCUUACAAGCUUUGGAUGUGGUCAUGCGGGAAAACCCCAGUUUAAGUCGGAUUCCGUUUGGACGGUACUUCUACUCUAAAGGAAUCGACAGGGAUCUCGGUGGAGGAAUCAUAGCUUCGACGGGAUUCCAUCAGAGCUUGAAGCCGACUGCUCGAGGUUUGUCUAUAUGCAUGGAUUACACAGUCAUAUCAUUCCGGAAACAGGUCCCAGUGCUUGAGUUUCUCAGAGAACAUCUUGGCGUUGUGAUCGAUGCGAACAUGUCCUGGACUCCCAAUCAAAGGAAGGAAGUUGAGGAAGUCUUGAAGGGAUUGAAAGUGACGGUGAAUCACCGGAAAACAUCCCAGAAGUAUGAGGUUGUGGGGCUGACCCGGGAUAACACAAACAAUGUGAAGUUUGAGAUCAACAGUGGCACGGAUUCCAAGGGGGUGCUUUUCAUUGUUGACUACUUUCGGGAUAAGUAUGGAAAGGCGGUGGUGUACAAGCGGAUCCCAUGUUUGGACUUGAGCAAGAACAAGAGGGUGAAUUACGUGCCGAUGGAGUUCUGUGAGCUGGUGGAAGGGCAGCGGUAUCCGAAGGAGUCUUUGCAUGGUGAUGUGGCUAAGGUUUUGAAAGAUAUGGCUUUGAUCAAACCGGUGAUGAGGAAGGAUUGGAUUUGUAGGAUGAUCAGAGCUAGCGAUGGGCCUAGUGGGGGAGGUAUUGCAGAUCAGUUUCGCAUUGCAAUUGUCAACAAUAUGACAGAAGUGACGGGUCGCGUUCUUAAACAGCCCGAUUUGAAAAUCCGCAAUAGCAAUGAUCAAUGCUGCAGAUACACUCCGGGAGAAGAUGGCCAAUGGAACCUGCUGAAACACAAGGUUUACGAAGGAAAGAUUGUCGACAGGUGGGCGAUUCUCGACUUCACGACCUCAUCCAAUCGCUGGUAUCAGUUAAAUGUCCAACAAUUCAAUCAGAAUAUUGUCGAGCGGGCCAAUAGGGUUGGCAUCCGCAUGAACCCACAAUUCCUCUUUUAUGAGCCAUCCAGCUUCCGCAUGCUUGAGAAUGAAAGGCAGCUCUACAAUACCCUUAAACGCAUUUGUGGACGGGCCGAAGGGAAGCCGCAGCUGCUUUUCUGCCCAAUGGAGAAGCGCCAUACGGGCUACAAUACCCUCAAGCGGAUAUGUGAGACGGAGCUUGGGAUCGUGACUCAGUGCUUUCUAACCCCUCUCGCCAACCAGGGCAAGGACCAGUACUAUGUCAACCUUGCCCUCAAGAUCAACACCAAGCUUGGUGGUAGCAACAUGGAGCUCUUCCACAGCCUUCCUUGCCUUGAUGACAAUCGCCCUGUCAUGUUCAUGGGCGCUGACGUGAACCACCCGAGCAGCCGGAGCCCGUCGGCAAUCUCGAUUGCCGCUGUCACGGCAUCGAUGAACUGGCCUGGUGCAAACCAGUAUGCAUUCCGGAUACGUGCGCAGCCCCGCCGGACUGAGAAGAUCUUGGACAUUGGCGAUAUGUGCUUAGAUCUCAUCAAGACGUAUGCCCGGAAGAAUGGCAUCAAGCCGGAGAAGAUCAUAUUUUUCAGAGAUGGUGUCAGCGAUAGCCAGUUUGAUAUGGUCCUUAACGAAGAGCUGAUUGCUAUCAAGAAGGCGAUCGAGAUGGACGGGUACCAGCCAACCAUCACGCUUGUGGUGGCUCAGAAGCGGCACCAGACACGGUUCUUCCCGAAGAACCCGAGGGAUGCUGGCAAGACCGGGAACAUUCCUCCCGGAACAGUUGUCGACAACACCGUCAUCCAUCUUGAUGAGUAUGAUUUUUAUCUAUGCAGCCACAAUGGGAUCCUUGGGACAAGCAAACCGACCCACUAUCAUGUCCUUUUCGAUGAGCACCAGUUCUCGUCGGACGAUCUUCAGAGGAUCAUAUACAACCUUUGUUACACAUUUCCACGGUGCACCAAACCGAUAUCGUUGGUCCCACCAGUUCUCUGCGCUGAUCUCGCGGCGUAUAGGGGCCGGCAAUAUGAUGACUCAACCAUGCACUCACCACAUUCAUCAGCAUCCUCUUCUUCUGGGUCAUCCUCCACGUCCUCAUCCAUGGCUUCUAUUGAGAUUAAUAACUUCCCGAAGGUGCAUGCAGAUCUCCAAAAUCAAAUGAUAUUCCUUUAAGACUCAAGGCGGGGUCAGUUUCUACAAGUGGACUGAUGGUUUAGCGGUCUGUUCUGUUGGGUCAUUCGAUGGACCAUGACCCAAAAAAUGUCCAGAUUGGAGAAUCCCAUCUGCCAAUCUAGGACCCUCUCUCUCUCUCUCUCUGUUCUUGACCAUCUACCACAGGCCACCUCCAUGGCAGAUCCUAAUAGACCAACAUCUCUAAACCGUGGGACACUUGGACAAACUGAAAGUCCACUCAGGAGCUUUAAGAGUCUCUCUUGAGGCUACAUCAGUUUUAGAGUCCUUGUUUUUAAGGGUGUUUGUGUGUUGCAUGACUAUGGUUUGUUUUCUGCAAUGGUAGUAGGAGUUUGUUUUAGGAGAGUUGUUUUAGCAGUUAUAGGUGUCUCUGUCUUGUGAUGGUUUAUGGUAGGUGUUGCUGUGUUUUAUGGACUCUGUUUGGAUUUAAUUCUACUAUGGUUUGUUGUUUUUGUUUGAAAGAUGUUAGUCUCCUAAUGAAUUUGAAGUGUUUGGAAGAUUUUCUUGUA